AUGGGGCCGCUAAGGUUUGUUCUGCUGCUGGGCUCGCUCGCCACCGCUGCCGCCGCAGCAGUGAAGCCGGAGACCAAGCGCUACACGGCGCUGACGCCGCCGCUGUCGCUGUCCCAGGGCGAGGUGACCAACACCUUCCACCGCCUGCCGAUCCCCAAGGGCCCCAUCGCCGUUUACCGCUUCGAAGCGGACGUGGUGGAGCAGGACGCGGACGGGAACGUGGUGCCUGUGCCCACGUUCGACGCCUACCUGCACCACCACGUGUUCGGGUCCACGCACAAGCAGUACGACGCCAUGAAGAGCCGCUGGGCGCCCAUGAAGCCCAAGAACUUCAGUCGCAGCGUCGCGUUCGGCGCGGGCACUGAGUGCCGGGGCACCCCGCAGGAGUUUUACUUCCCCUACGCCUUUAUGACGGUGGAGGGCGAGGACGAGUGGGUGGCCAACGUCCACAUCAUCAACACGCGCAAGAUGGCGCCAGAGCGCGCGCAUCGCUGUCUUGAGUGUCCCUGCACGUCCGAGGACGUGUUCACUGCUGAUGCUGUGAAUGGGAUUCACUUCCGCAAUGGCAGCUGCAACGCGCAGCUCCGCUUUGAAGAGAACACGGUUUGCUCGGCCGAGACGUACCAUGGAGGGUUGAGAUGCUGCGAGGACGCCGAGUUCUGCCUGGAACACGACGAGCUGGAGGUCGCUGCAGCGAGCAACGCCGAGUAUCAGUUGCGCUACUCUCUGGAAUAUGCUGAGAUUGUGCCGGAGAACCGCCCGCUGUAUCUUGCAGCUUGUUGCGACGCCUCGGGGGAUCUCGACCGCAUGGGGAACAUCGAGUACGACGUGCCGGUGUGCGACCCAGAGACACACCCUGGAUGUGUGCACACGCUGUCGACGCGCCAGCGGCUGGAUAACGGCAGCAUCCCGCUGUUUGCUUAUCGCCAGCACCCGCCGGAGCCGGAACGAGAGGUUGAGCUUGUGUAUGCUGUUGGUCACCAGCAUCGUGGCGGCCUGGGGAUUCAGCUCUAUGACGACGCGACCGGUGACUUGUUGUGUGCAUCUGUGCCCGAGUACGGCUCGGGAACUGAGGCUGGAAAUGAGGACGGGUAUGUGAUCUCGAUGAGCACAUGCACAUUCGACCCACCUCGACGCAUGCGCACGACGGACAUCGUUCGGAUUGUGGCGCUGUAUAACAAUACGGUGCCUCGCACGGGAGUGAUGGGUGGUGAAGAUUGGGCCUUCCUGGGGCUGGGUACUGUUGCGGGGGCUGCUGCGUGCAUGCUCGUGAUGGCGAUUCUGAAGCGAUGGAAGCAGCGAGCGGGUUAUACCCCUCUGCAGCCCCGAGCGAGCUAA